AAAAAGGGCUCCAAGCCGUCAGCAGCUCCCUUCCCGCCAUGAAGCCAUCGGUAGCGACCCUUCCAAGCCAGGCAGCUUCUACCUCCUCGGCCUCCACGCCCCUUGGGCGGCUGGCCAAGGGUGGCCCCAGCCUCUUCAGCGGUUCCGUCCGACCUGCUGCAGUGUCUGCGGCUGCGCUGUCGGCGGUUCUCCUCUCGGGGAGGGUGGCACGGGUGGCGCGAGUGGCGCGGCGUCCACGGGGGUUGAAGGCGCAGGCGGCUGCCGCCUCACUGAUUCUGGAUGAUGGCUGGGAUGACGAGCCAGAGGCCAAUGAACAGGUGCCUUUGAGCAAAAGGGCCCCGUUGCUGAUUGAUGGCCGCAUCAUCAUCCCGCCCAAGAGCUUUCGGGUCACCAGUCCGGCCACUGGGAGCUUGGUCGGUGUGGCGCCAGAUGCCUCAGCUGACAUGAUUGAGGCAGCGGUGACCGCAGCCCACCGAGCAGCGCCUGGCUGGGCCCAGCUGCGGCACACGGAGCGAGCCAGCGUGCUCAUGUCCUGCGCGGACACUCUGCGAUCCAACUUAGAAGCUUUGGCCACGCUGCAGACCAAUGAGAGUGGGCGCCCCAUCUCGGAGACCCGCAUCGAGGUCAUGGUGGCUGCGGCGACAUUCGAGAAUGCUGCCAGAUUCCUUGACAUCAAUCAGGAGAAAGUCAUCUCUGAGGACGAAGAGAAGAAGGUGGUCGUCCGGCGGACGCCUUUGGGUGUUGUGGCAGUCAUUGCGCCCUGGAAUGCACCCAUUGUUUUGGGUUGGAAGCCAACUGCCACCGCGCUGGCCUGCGGCAACGCAGUGGUGCUGAAGCCGGCGCCCCAGACACCCUUGACCACCUUGCGCAUUGGCGAGCUGCUGCGGCCCAUCCUCCCACGAGGUGUUUUGAACGUCGUGGUGGGCUCCGAUGCGGUGUCAUUGAGGCCGGGUGAGAUCCUCACGAAUCACGACUUGGUGCGGAAAGUGGUUUUUACUGGCUCCACGGCCAUUGGAAGUAAGGUGAUGGAAGCUUGUGCGAACAACUUCAAGCGUGUCCUCCUGGAAUUGGGAGGCAACGACCCGGCGAUUGUACGAGAGGACGCUGACAUUGAAAAAACGGCCGAAGGCCUCUUCAAGGGAGCGUUCUUCAACAAUGGACAAACUUGCUGCGCUGCCAAGCGUAUCUACGUCCAGGAAAAGAUCUACGACGCAUUUGUGGAGGCCUUCUGCAAACGUGCGCGGAUGGCAGUCCUGGGGAAUGGCCUCUCAGCCACUACGGAGUUGGGGCCUUUGGCGAGUGCAGUGCAGCUGAAACAUGUGACUGAGUUGGUUGAGGAUGCUCGCCGCAAGGGUGGCCGCGUUCUGUGUGGUGGGGGUGCUACAGCAGGGCCUCCAGGAGAUGUGAGCUCCAACACGGGACUCUUCUACCUCCCCACCAUCGUCGUGGACGUCGCGGAGGGCACCCGGAUCGUUGACGAGGAACAGUUUGGGCCUGUAGUGCCUGUGAUGCCCUACAAGGACGACGAGGAGGCGAUCCUUCGGGCAAACAGCACGAAGUACGGCCUGGGCGCCUCCAUUUGGAGCGAAAACUUGGAGAAGGCCAAUGAGAUUGCCAAUCGGUUGAAGGCGGGCACCGUUUGGGUGAACAAGCACUGCGAGUUCAUCCGCAACGCACCCUUCGGCGGCAUCGACUCCUCGGGCAUCGGACGCGCCGGAGACCUGGGCGAUCAGGACCUGAGCCAGUACACGGAGAUCCGGACCUUGUGCUUGGCGAAAGUCCCGCCCAAAUUGCCUCCAGCCAUUGCUAGCCUCAAGAGGUGUCCAGAAGUGCAUCUGGAAGAACGUGCAAGGUCCAUGUUGCAGCGGCUCUUCCGGCGGAUCCGACCUACAGAGUGGCACCAACUUGAACAGGGCGCUGAGGACCUCAGCUGUUGUCGGGAUUGAUCUUCACAGAGUUUUCAAUCUGGACAUGUUUCAAGUUUUCCAUACCAAAGAUAUCCAAAGAUAGAACCCUGCUUCGCUAGAAACCAUACCCAUUCAGUUCAGCAGGUGACCCCAUUCGAGUGAAGUGCGAUGCCCAAUGGAGCUUCCCGAAGCCCACAAAUCUCCAAAGACUAUGACUAGCUCAAUGUGCUACUAGCAGGAGUAAGGCGCCUGGCUACUAGUAGCGUUCUUGCUACUAGUAGCGAUGCACUUUGCUACUAGUUGUGUUCGUGCCCCGGCUUGGAAGCGGGAAGCUUUGCGGAAUCGACAGACUCCACUCUAUGGAAUUGCCUGAGCCAGUGUGGCUCAAACGCCAGAUUUCGGAUCCGUCACGGACAAGCCUCUCAUGAGCAAUUGCAGAGAACGCUAGAAAAAGUUGCCGCGGAUUUGUUGCCAACGCGGAGAUGGUUGCGUGACUCACAACAUGAUCAAACACAUAACGGGGAAGCUAUGGGUUAGACCGGCGACUUUAUCGUCAUUGUGAAAAAAGGCUGAUGAGGAUGGUGAAGUUGGAGAGGCCCAACGCACGGAGUUCAAGGUGAGCUAUGACAUGGAAUUCAGAAGAUUCCUGAUGAAUCCUGAUGGAUAGUUUGGUCUGCAAAAGAAAUGAGCGCCGAAGACCCAAAGCAAUCGUACAAACCCUGGGUAGCUCAUUGGAUUUGAAGCCGACUGGACGCGAUAGUUCGCUAGACUCCCGAUGCCAACGCGCGCCCAAAUGCUGCAGGCAACGCGAAGUAAAAGGAUUGCGACGUUUGAGACAAACGAACUUCAUAUGUGUUAACUUUAGGGUGGCUGGUUGGGGCUUGCGUUAACGGAAAUGCGGUUUUCCAUGAAGGGCAUAUUGAUCACGAAGCCCUGAUGAGGAGUGGUUCCACAUUCUG